AUGUCCACUAUCACUGUCACCGGCGCCGCUGGCCGCCAGAUCUCGGUCCCCACCGGCCUCUUCAUCGACAACGAAUUCACCCCCUCGUCCUCCAACAACACCCUCACCGUUGAAAACCCCACCACAGGAAGCAUCCUUGGCACCAUUUCCGCCGCCACCGCCGCCGAUGUCGACCGCGCCGUGUCCUCGGCCACCACCGGCUUCCAGACCUGGCGGUCAACCCCCGGCCCCGAGCGCAGCAGACUCCUCCUCAAGCUCGCCGAGCUGGUCGAGCGCGAUGCCGAGGAGUUUGCCAGCCUUGAGGCCGUCGACGCGGGCAUCCUAUACACAGAUAGCAUGGGGAUGAACAUCCCCCAGGCGGUCUCGAAUCUGCGGUACUACGCCGGGUGGGCGGACAAGAUCGACGGGAAGACCCUCGAGGUCCCGGGGGGCGUGGGAUAUACCUUCCGGGAGCCGCUGGGCGUAUGUGCGGCCAUCGUACCCUGGAAUGCCCCAUUGAUGAUAACAAUCUGGAAACUGGCCCCCGCGCUGGCCGCCGGCAACGCCCUCGUCAUCAAGACGUCCGAAAACUCCCCCCUCUACGGCCAGAAACUCGCCCAGCUCAUCGUCGAGGCCGGCUUCCCGCCGGGCGUGGUCAACAUUCUCGCCGGCCUGGGCGCCCCCGCCGGCCAGGCGCUCGCGGAGCACGCGUCCAUCCGCAAGGUCUCCUUCACGGGCUCCAGCGCCUCGGGCCGCAAGAUCCUGGCCGCGGCGGCCAAGACGAACCUCAAGAAGGUCUCGCUGGAGCUCGGCGGCAAGGGCCCGUCGAUCGUCUUCGCCGACUGCGAUCUGGAGAACGCGCUGCUCUGGACCCGCAUCGGCAUCACCGCCAACAACGGGCAGAUCUGCGCCGCGGGGUCGCGCAUCUACGUGCAGGACACCAUCUACGAGAAAUUCCUCGAGGCGUAUGUGCGUGCGGCGCGGGAGAACCCCGGGGUGGCGGGGGAUCCGCUCGACCCGGCCACGACCAAGGGGCCGAUCGUCAAUGGCGACCAGCACCGGAAGAUCCUGGGGUAUAUCCAGCAGGGCAAGGAGGGCGGGGCGCGGCUGCUGUUUGGCGGGGAGACGGUCGGGGAGAAGGGGUACUUUGUGCAGAACACGGCGUUUGCGGACGUCGCGGAGGAUGCGACGAUUAUGAAGGAGGAGAUUUUCGGGCCGGUGGCGAGUAUCGCCAAGUUCUCGUCCGAAGACGAGGUCAUCCGCAAGGCGAACGACACCCUGCACGGACUCAGCGCGGCGGUCUUCACCAACGACGUGAACCGCGCGUACCGGGUGAGCAGGGCGCUGGAGUCGGGCCAGGUGACGGUCAACGCGUGGGCGAUGCUCAGCGCCAACGCGCCGUUUGGCGGCGUCAAGGAGAGCGGGUUCGGGAGGGACAUGGGGGAGGAGGCGCUGGAGGGGUGGACUUCUGUCAAGACGGUCAAGUAUAUGAUCCAGGGGGCAAAGCUGUAG